UCGACAGUCCGAGCGUCCCGACGCCGCUGAGACGAACUUUACCCGCGAGCGCGCUACAUUCCCCGGAGUCGGAGGGCCCGAGUGACUGGUGUGAGUGAAACUGCAGAUACAAACAGCGACAUGUCUCAUACGAAGACGACCAAGUCCUAUACCUACCGGUCAACUGGAGGAGCCAACGCCGAUGUCAGCAUCGAGUACACGGCCGACAUCAGCGCCCUCACCCGGCUUGAGGACAAGAUCAGGCUCCUUCAGGAGGACUUGGAGAGCGAACGAGAGCUGCGAGCAAGGAUAGAACGUGAGAAGGCAGACCUCAGCGUACAAGUCAUCUCGCUGUCCGAGCGGCUUGAGGAGGCUGAAGGUGGCGCCGAGAGUCAGUUCGAGAUCAACAAGAAGCGCGACACAGAGCUGAACAAGCUGAGGAGGCUGCUAGAAGAUGUCCACUUGGAGUCUGAGGAGACAGCGUCGCUGCUGCGUAAGAAGCACCAGGAAGUCGUCAAUGACUUCCAGGAACAGCUGGAUCAGCUGGCCAAGGCCAAGGCUAGGACUGAUAAGGAGAAACAGAAAUUCCAGCAAGAAGUUUAUGAACUCCUUUCACAGAUUGAGUCAUCCUCCAAAGAAAAGAUCGUCCUUGUGAAGCAAGUUGAGAAGCUUGAGGUUAGCAUCCAUGAAAUGAACAUCCGCGUCGAAGAGUUGAACCGAACCGUCAUCGACAUCACUUCACACAAGACUCGUCUGUCCCAAGAAAAUAUUGAGUUAGUGAAAGAAGUCCAGGACUUGAAGGUCAACAUUGAGAACGCUACCUAUCUGAAGAGCCAACUUGCCGGACAACUGGAGGACGCCCGUCGCCGACUUGAGGACGAUGAGAGGAGACGUUCCCUGCUGGAGGCCAGCCUGCGCCAGGUUGAGGUGGAGCUGGAGUCUGUCCGAGUCCAGCUGGAGGAGGAGGCUGAGGCCCGCCUGGAUCUGGAGAGGCAACUGGUCAAGGCCAACGGAGAGGUCUCCCUCUACAAGUCCAAGUACGAGACUGAGGCCCACGCUCGCGCUGAGGAGGUUGAGGAACUCCGCCGCAAGUACUCCGCUCGUCUGCAGGAGCAGGAAGAGCACAUCGAAUCUCUGGUUGUCAAGAUCAACAGCCUUGAGAAGCAGAAGUCUCGCCUGCAGAGUGAAGUUGAAGUUCUCAUCAUUGAUCUUGAGAAGGCCAACAACACUGCUAGGGAGCUGCAGAAGCGAGUAGAACAGUUGGAGCGCAUCAACAUCGACCUGAAGAGCCGCCUGGAGGAGACCAGCGCCCUCUUCGAGCAGACCCAGCGAGACCUCCGCAACAAGCAGGCUGAGCUGCAGCGAGUCAACCAUGAGCUCGAGAAGACCCGAGAGCAGAAGGACUCUCUCACCCGAGAGAACAAGAAGCUCUCAGACGACUUGCACGAUGCUCGUAACACUCUGGCUGAGAUGAACCGUCGUCUCCAUGAGCUGGAGCUGGAACUCCGCCGCCUGGAGAACGAGAGGGAAGAGCUCACUGCUGCCUACAAGGAGGCUGAGGCUGGCCGUAAGGCUGAGGAGAGCCGGUCCCAGAGGCUAGCUGCCGAGCUGGGCCAGUUCCGUCAUGAGGCCGAGAGGAGACUCCAAGAGAAGGACGAAGAAAUUGAAUCCAUUCGCAAGCAGACCAGCAUUGAGAUUGAACAGCUGAGUGCCCGUGUUGUUGAGGCUGAGACCAAGCUGAAGACUGAAGUCACUCGUAUCAAGAAGAAGCUGCAGAUCCAGAUCACCGAGCUUGAACUGUCCUUGGAUGUCGCCAACAAGAACAACAUCGAACUCCAGAAGACCAUCAAGAAGCAGUCUCUCUCACUCACAGAGCUGCAGGCCCACUACGAUGAGGUCCAACGCCAGUUGGCCGUCACUCUUGAUCAGUACGCCAUCGCUUCACGAAAGGUACAAUCCAUCACCGCUGAACUGGAGGAGAUCCGUGGCAACUACGAGUCUGCCCUGAGAGCCAAGAGAACAGCUGAGCAGCUGUACGAGGACUCUCAGAGCCGAGUACACGAGUUGACUACCAUCAAUGUCAACCUGUCUGCCGCUCGCACCAAGAUUGAACAGGAGCUGUCAGUCAUCGCUGCUGACUACGAGGAAGUCACCAAGGAGCUCAAGAUCUCUGAUGAAAGAUACCAGCGAGUGCAAGUAGAGCUGAAGCACACUGUGGAGAUCCUUCAUGAAGAACAAGAGCGUAUCAUUAAGAUUGAGGCCAUCAAGAAGUCUCUGGAGAUUGAGGUCAAGAAUCUCUCCGUCCGCCUGGAGGAGGUUGAGGCCAAUGCCAUUGUUGGAGGCAAGCGCAUCAUCAGCAAGCUUGAGGCUAGGCUGCGUGAUCUGGAACUUGAACUCGAUGAGGAGAAGCGUAGACACGCUGAGACAAUCAAGAUCCUGCGAAAGAAGGAACGCCAAGUCAAGGAGUUCGCCAUUCAGAGUGAAGAGGACAACAAGAACAUUUCACUGUUACAAGAGACUUUGGACAAGGUCAACCAGAAGGUCAACAUUUACAAGAGGCAGCUCCAGGAAACAGAGGGCAUGUCACAACAGAGCGUGACCCGAGUGCGCCGCUUCCAACGAGAACUGGAAGCCGCUGAGGACCGAGCAGACACAGCCGAGAGCAACCUGUCACUGAUCCGAGCCAAGCACCGCACAUUUGUUACCACCAGCACUGUCCCCGGCUCACAGGUGUAUCUGGUACAGGAGCGGACCACCACCACCAGCGAAAUGGUCUAAACCCUCACUUCACCGUCACCACACACUCACACACUUCACCAUGCCACUGUUUUGAUAUCGUUCAAAAGACAACUACCUGAUCAAUUAUUCCGAUAACUUCGACAAAUUUUAUUCCAUCACAUUUUCAAAAAUCGGAUCCAAGCUUCAAACUAUCAACAACAACAAAAAAGAAAGAGGUAACAAGAAUACAAUGGAAAAGACAAACACACAGUGAAGGACAACAAUUUUGUAAAAGAAGCUUGGAUUUAAUUCCUAAUUAAAAACAUAAAAUAACAAAGAAAAACAAUAAUGAUUUGGUGAGGAAGUAUGUAUAUAAGUAAAAAUUUCCACCGCACCAAAGAUAAAUCGGUAAAGCGCGCUUCUACGAUCACACUCGAUAUUUCGCUUCAAGUGUAGAAGUAAAGUACACUUGACAACUUUUGUGGCAUUUACGCAGGAAAGAAAACUAUCUAUGGGUUACUUCAUUGUGUUGUUUGAAGUUCCACAGAUAUUGUAAUUUUAAGUUUAUUAUUGGAAGGUUGGCUAGUACGCUUCUACACUACGACUCUAAGAGAAUAAUGAGAUACUUUUAUUUUAACUGCAGGCAAUAUUGAUGGUAGGUACCGCUGACAUAUAUUUAGAACUAGGAUAAGAAGCUGUCAUAUUCUUGUUGCCUUUAUACUUGUUGGAGUUGUUUGACUCAAAUGUUUUGCUAACAUUGUCAAUGUAAGUAUUCUUAUAUCAAUUUUCUGAAUAAAGUGUGAUAAUGUUACUACAA